GAAGCUGCGAAGCCGAAAAGAAGCUGGUCCAGCUGUGAGUGGAGCUCAAGAGGCGGAAAGUUCAUUGUAAGAACAUAAGUUGGUGGACCACCUCUGCAAUUUAUCGUAUGUAAUAAGCAUUCCUGAAAUAUGGAUGUGGAAGUAAACUGGGAGUCUGACGAUGACACCAGAGAAGAUCAUUCAGAUGACUCCAACUGUAUUUCCGAGUGGGGGGGUCAGAAAGCCAGUCUACAGCUAGAAGUGGAGAAAGACUACUCUCUGCCUCCCAGCUCUGACUGCAGCCCCGAUGGGCCUUCUGGACGACAGGAGCUCCCCAUGGAACUGCACUGUGAAGAAGAGGAAAGUCGUGGUAUAUGCUGUCAGUGGAGUGAUUCAGCCACUGCUGGAGUCUUCGUCACUUCCAGUACCAACUUUGACCUGCAGUGUGACGACGAAGACUUAGAGCUCUGUUCACCUGAGCAUGCUAAAGGAUAUCAAGGAAGAAUGAACAAGGGUCAUGAUGACAUCAUCACCACUGAUUCUUUUGAUGAGGAGGACCUGGUGCCCCUGUCUGGGGACAUCUCACCUUACAGUUGCAAGGAAUGCAGAGAAACGUUCCACAACCACAGGCGAUUACAAGAACAUCAGGAGUACCACAUGGCUGAAAGCUCGUACCAGUGCCCCAUCUGUAGCAAAGAGUUCUUCCAUAUGGCCAACUUAAAAAUGCACAAACUCAUCCACGCAAGUGACAGACCCUACAAGUGCCCAGAGUGUGACAAAGGUUUCAUUCAUAAAGUUGACCUCUGGAGGCACCUACGGAAUGUGCACAAAAUAGAACAUUCAAAAACUCAUGGGUCUUCGCUUACAGCAUCUUUAGUGCAUCAGAACCAAAAUAGUGGGGCCGUUGCCUCCCAGGUGUGUCUAGAAGAGCCAGGAACAGAACAACCUAAACCUUAUAUAUGCCCUACUUGCGGUAAGGCCUUCCGGACGUCUAAUUUGCUGUCGAAGCACAAAGUGAUUCAUCGGCAGGACAAGCCUUACAAAUGUCAAGAGUGUGGAAAAGCCUUUGUCCAGCUGCUCAGGCUGAAAAGGCACCAGAAAAUUCAUACAGGGGAACGUCCCUUCUAUUGCGAAGAAUGUGGUGGGACGUUCACACGCCUGACUUCACUGCAUCGGCAUCAGCGGAUCCAUACCGGAGAGAAACCCUACUCUUGCGCAUACUGUGCUCAGGACUUCACCGAGUCAGGCUCCUUGAGGAGGCAUGAACGCAUUCACCAAGUGAAAACAUCCUAGGGCUACUGCUUACAUCACAUUUGUGGAUGGCGUGGGAUGGGGGUAUACAUCCAAUGUACACCAUACAUUGUACACCAUACAUGCAUUUCUCCCGCAUGUACACCAUAAAACGUAC